CUCGUCUUUCGCAGCGCAUCCAUUCAAUUACCCCGAGCGCGAUGGCAAAGAGCAAGAAAAGAAAGUCUACACAGGACCAUCCCGAAUCUCUCUCCAAGAAACUCAAAAAAGAGGCCACCCAGCCUGCAGGGAUUGUGUGCGUAUCAAAGGUGUCUCCGCCCUGCGACGGCGCGGAGAUCGGCAAUCUCAUCUUCUCGGACGAGCUGGACACCACGACGGAGACGCUCGUCACACUCAAAAACCACCCUGAGCUCAUUCACCUUAAGGCGCUGAAGGGAUUUCGCACGGCAGUGCACGAUUACUGGCGGAUAGCCAACGAGGCUUCAUCUACUGGCACGUCUCUGGUCUCACGGGUCUCAUCCGCACUCGUCGACCAGCGCCACAUUGACGCGCUAGUCCUCCUCUCCGAGAUGGAAAUUCGGGGCCAGAUGCCCAAGCUCGGGGCGCUGCAGCGCUGGGUGCGGGAAUGUGACGCCGUCCUGUCCCCAUCCACGCCGAAAGACGAGGAAGCCCUCGUAUGGAAGGUCCUGUGCGCGAUUCUCCGCACGACGCAGCCCGACUGCAUCGCCGCGGGCCCCAGCACUGGCGGCACGCUGGACGCCGGCAGCCAGCUGAGGUGGUACUCGCCGUUCUCGCGCGAACCGCCCGAUCUCCCGUUUGCUGCUCAAAUCGAAACUGUCGAUCCUGUGCCGCGCAUCGCCCCGCUGGACACGACGCCUGGGCCAGAACGCCGGCCACCGAACAAGCACCCGGCUAUUGUGUACUACUCCCCGCCGAAUACGUUCCCUCUUCUGCCCCCUGAACGCCGCUCGCGCACGCCGCAACGGUUUGACGUCGACGGCGUGCCCGGUGCAUUCAUCAUCAACGAUGUGUUCGAGCCGUCCGAAUGCACCGCGCUCGUCGAGGCGGCGGAGAGAGUCGGCAUGGUGCCGGACGAGCCGACGUUCGGAUCCGCCACGCAGCUCGCGUCGAUCCUCGCGCACAACUUCAUCUGGCUGGCCGACGCGGAAUUCAUCUCUACGCUGUACAGCCGCGUGGCGCCACUGCUGCCUGCCUCGAUCCACGGCGGUGCCGUCAAAGGCAUCAACCGGCGCUUCCGGCUGUACCGUUACACGCCGGGGGCGCUCUACCGGCCACAUAUUGACGGCGCCUGGCCGGCUUCGGGGCUGGACGAAAGCGUCUCUCCGCCGGCUUACGUCUACGACUCGGAUCCCGCGGUCUACUCCCGCUUGACGUUCCUGAUCUACCUCAACGACGACUUCGAGGGCGGGUGCACGACGUUCUUCCUCCCGUCGACGCAGACCGGGAUCCUGGAGGCGCGGCCGGUCCGCCCAAGGAUGGGCGCUGUCUGUGUGUUCCCUCACGGUGCGGCGCAGGGCAGCCUCUUGCACGAGGGCAGCGGCGUCGCUCGGGGCGCCAAGUAUGUCAUCCGAACCGAGGUGCUGUACGAAGUAGACAAGUCUGAGCGGAUAGACAGUGUCUUGUAAUCCAUGCCACUUCUCACAUCUCUCCAUCAGAAUCGCGAUAAGAUAAGGUGCUACGGGGUCCACCGUCCUCGCUCCCAACGCUGCAGCCUUUCGCUCGUGGCUUCACAUUCCCUCACAUGCCUCGGACAGACGCCGAACUCAACGACGGUAAACCCGACCCAAGGAUCUCCUUGCCCUCGUAAUAUAGACCUUUGCGCUCAGGCCGAAAAUUUCCCAUCUGAGUCUUGCUUUGGGGACCUGGAAGCUUCAUACGUGAGUGGCUGUACCUUCAUCCGCACGCCGAGUCACUGCAGAGGAGUUUGCAGUACGUGAAUCUGUGCCUCAUCCACUUCCCUCGCCUGGCUCUGUCGGACUAGCGUUCUAUCCGGGAGAGAUGGAGCCGAUGGACGCGAAGGGUCGUGCAAAAUCAUCGGUGUCAGCAACUUAACCGAUAAGCACCUCGCGCUCUUGCUCACCGCGGCCGCCGUGAAACCUACAGUGAAUCAGACCGAGCUGCAUCCACACAUCUACGAGCAACAGCGCACGACGAUGGACUUCUCGAAGAAACACGGAAUCGCGAUUGAAGCCUACAGGGCCCUGAGAUGCGUUGGCCGCCAUCGUCUGCCCUGCCGAGUUGAGCGACAUCACACCCCAAACCCAUCACGUAUUUCCCCGGUGGCCCCGUCGGAGAGCCAGUGGCGGCCGCUGCAACGACGCUGGGUGUGACUGGCGAUCAGGUCUUACUGGCCUGCGCGAAAGCAAAGGCACGGUGAUGAUCACAUAACCGUUCUUUCGCCUCCGCGCCGCUCGCGAUCUUGACUGGCUCUGGCUCUUCCAGCACAAGCUCUAAGAAGCACAGUCUCGAGGGAUAUAUAUAUUGCCGCCGGAGACCUGGGUCCAUAUUUCUCAGCCACGAAAGUGCCACAAAGACUGCCUGGCGACCAUGUCGUUUAGUGUUGACUGAGAAUGAGACCGCUGCGAUAGAUGCUGCGGGAGCUGGGUGCGCCGUUCUCUGAGACCCAGGAGGGGUAGGAUCGACUGCCAUUGCUGUCUGUACAGUACAAUUGCUGCUGCUGCAUCGAUGCCAGAUUUCUUCUUGAAAUGCGUGAUCGAGAAAGAGUAAAGACCAGAAGCGUCGACUGGAGACGUUGCGAUGAGGUAAAUAUCUGCGUCUUGGUAUGUCACGCCUACGUUCAGUGCGAGCCGCGGACCCAGGAGGUAGCAUUGAGGUACGUCCUGCCAGUGUUAGGAUGAUCGAGUGUUGUGUGCUAUUUGGAUCGCAUUCCUCAGUCAAGCACCUUGAGCGACCACCCAUCUUUCAUCCCAGUACACCUCCACCUCUCAAGCCCCGAAUCCCUCUCGCUCAUCCAACCGCAGUCGUCUUCAAAUUACUCUGCUGUCAUGCUACCCCUUCUUCUUUUUAAUCGGGAAGCCUAGAAAAUGUCACCCUUGCAGCUCGCGUUCAGCUCGGACCCUCAUCCUCUCUAGCAGCAGCACCCGACCUCCACGAUAACGUCACUCGGCGCAGCCCUCCGCAAGCGCCUCUCGAACACUCUCACACACCCACACGCUCGAUCCCGCACCACCCACGCUAUGGUCGCCGGUUUCAUCACGGAUCCGAAGGAACUGCAGGCGCAGUGGAAGACGAAUCUGGACGCGCUGCCGGCCACGCCCGAGAAGAUCCCCGCGUUCUUCUUCGGCCACGGGUCGCCUCUGAUGGCGUUCCCGGAGGACAAAGAUAACUCUCAGUCGCGCUUCUCGUCCGUUGUACAAUGGGCAGGUCCGAAGGGUCCGCUGGCCACGUUCCUUAAAGAUUUCGGGCCGGCUUUGCUCAAGAAAUACCAGCCGAAAGGCAUUGUCGUGUUCAGCGCGCAUUGGGAAACAUACGGAGAACGUCUCGUGACCGACUACGGUGACGAGAACCCGCUCUUGAUGGAUUACUAUGGCUUCGAUCCCGCGAUGUAUAAGCUCAAGUUUGUAUCCAAGGGAGACAAGGCUCUCUCUGAGCGGGUCGUCGAAUUGUACAAAGCCGCGGGACAACGCGCGCGUCUGACUCCGAAGACGGAGAGCCGUGGACAGGAUGGGCGCGGUUUCGCAGGCAAGUACCUGACUUGCCAAUCCCCCAACGCCGCGCCACUGACGCGCGUCUGCACAGGCCCCGGGCUCGACCACGGAGUGUUCGUGCCCUUCCGCAUGAUGUUCGGGGACGAAUUCACGUCGAUCCCGAUCGUCGAGGUCUCCAUCGACGAGAGCCUCACGCCCGAGGCGAACUGGGCGCUCGGCAAAGCCGUGGCGAAGCUGCGGGAGGAGGGGAUCCUCGUGCUCAGCGGUGGGCUCACUGCGCACAACCUGCGGCAGCCGACGUCCAUGUCCGUGUUCUCCGCGUCGGACGACCAGCGCGCGUUCGACCGCGCCGUCAUGGAUGCCCUGACCGUCGAAGAUGAAACGGCACGGAAGCAGGCCAUGGCGAACCUCGUGAAGCACCGCGGCUUCCGGGCAUCGCACCCCCGAGAAGAGCACUUCGUGCCGAUCUAUGUCGCUGCUGGAGCUGGAGAGGGCGGAAACGCGAAAGUAAUAUCGGAGAUGUAUGGAUGCCAGACUGUCGCCUUUGGGCUUUGAUCACGCGUAGUCUGGGUGUACAAUGUAUGUAAAUGAAUUCAAAUCCAAAGUCCGCAUUCUGGACCAG